AGGAUUAACAAUACAUUUAAGUCCAGACCAAGCAUCAGUCAAAUUUGCAUCCAUCUUCACACAUUCACUCACUCAUCGGAUUUCUUGUCAGCAAACUGGGUGGAGAAAAGGGAGACUACCAAUGGCAAACACGACCAGAGGAGAGCUCUUCUGCCCCCUGCUACAGGACAUGCAGAGACACAACCUCAACAAAAAUCAAAAUGCCAAUCUGGUGGUGGUUCUCAUCCAUGGCUUGGUCUCUUGCCUGGGGAUUUUGGAGAACGCCCUGAUCCUCUGGGUGGUUGGCUUCCGCCUGCGGCACCGCACCGUAGCCUCUGUCUGGGUGCUCAACCUGGCCAUGUCUGAUUUCCUAGCGACCCUGACACUCCCACUUUUCACCUCUUACCUUUACCACUCCCAUAGCUGGGAGUUCGGCAACCCACUUUGCAAAAUACAAGCUUCCAUCUUCUUCUUAAACAUGUUUUUAUCAGCCUUCCUGCUGGCUGCAAUUUCACUGGACCGCUUGCUAAUUGUGGUCAAGCCGGUGUGGAGCAAGAAUCACCGGUCAGUGGCAGGAGCCUGGAAGGUGUGCCUAUUGGGUUGGCUAUGGGCAGCAAUUAAUACACUACCUUACACUCUGUUCCGUUCUGUUACUAAGAAAGAGGAUGGGGGGAAUUUGUGUUACCAUAAUUUUGCCUUGAUUUUAUCUUCUCAAGCCACCCUGGAGAGAGAUUGCAAAGUGAGGCAGGCAGCAACAGCAAUCUUCAAGUUGCUGCUUGCAUUCCUCUUUCCCCUGGUGGUGAUUGCAGGUAGCUACAUCCAAAUAGGUCUCAACCUGAGGAACAGGAGCAUGAGGAGGAAGCAGAGCACCACCAGACUAACUGAUGUGCUGAUUGUGUCAAACAAAGACGGAGCAUCAGGAUCUACAAAUACCUCAACAACCACAAAAACAACUGAUAUCUUUCUCAAGCCUCUGGCCUCCAGUCCAUCUAUAACCUUGACACCUGCUACCUUGUCCCCCACUACCUCUAAUCGGCCCACUCAAGGCCAGCUGUCCCAGAGCUUCAUCAGAAUGGUGACAUUUGUGAUUGUGGCAUUUGCACUAUGCUGGGCUCCCUAUCACAUCUUCUGCAUGAUUGAACUGACAGCCCAGUACUGGAGAAACAAUCUCAGCUUAGUGGAGGUAGGGCUUCCCCUAGCUACCACUAUUGCAUUCUUGAAUUCAGUGUUGAACCCCAUUCUGUAUGCCUUCAGCUGCCCACACUUCUGUGUAAGAAUACGACAGAGUCUGGGAGCAGUGUUUGAUGGACUGGUAGAAGAAGAAGGGGGCUUCCUGAUGGUCCCAGGGAAGAGUAUAAGAGCUCAUAUGAGACGGAAAAGCAGUCGAGAUGUGAGCCUUGCAACACCAGGGAUGCCAAAGGGUUCAUUUUCACCCAGUAACUCGCCUGACAUCCAACCUCCCAUCUCCCUGCCUUUGGCCUCUGAAGGCCUUGAAGACAGUAUCAUAGGGAACCAGGACAAGAAUCAAAAAAUGAAGUGGAGCAUAGCUGAUGAUUUUUUGCUUUAUGUAUAUGUCUUAAUGUACAUACAAGAUUAAUUCAAAGCCUCUGACCUAUAAUGUAAAAGCUGUGGCGACCACAAAACGUACGUGGGAAAGGAAUUAAUGGUAAGGUUUGAUAUAGUCUUUCUAGCCUUGCUACUGGCAUGGCUCUAAGGAUAGCAAUGUCGAUCGGUUGAUCCACUACUUUGGUCCAUACUAAAAUAUCUCAAUAGCUACUGGAUGGAUUGUCUUGAAAUUGUGUACAGACAUUUGUGUCACCGAGAGGAUGAAUCCUUUCGACUUUGGUGAUUUCCUGACUUUACCUCUAGAGCAAACACAUGUUGACAGUUUUGGUUAUAUAUUGAAACAUCUUGAAGACCUUGAAAUUCGGAACAAACAUUCAGAAGAAAAUCUCAGUAAAGGGAUGGGAAAGAAAACCAAUACAUCUCUGCUACACUAAAUAUGAUCAUUAUGACUGAUUUUUCUGAUGUUUCCUUUUUUGUCACGUGACAUCCUGUAUAGUUUUACCUAUUUGGGCACCUAAAAUGCAUUCAAAUGAAACAUUAAAAUCCUGUGAAAAUUGUGACAAUGGGAACACAGGCAUACAGUGGUUUUGUUGUGGGAUCACAUGCUAGAAACAAGAAGGACCUCUGACUGAGGGUUUAUUCUAUGCAAGGCCACCAGAGAGCAGUAACGCUCUGACUGCAUAGGUAGGCGUGAAAUAAUAUUGGAGGAUUGUGCUUUUCAGGUCCUGUAAUCCAGGAGCACUUUAAAUCUGAACUGCUGAACGUCUGACCACCUUUCUGAGUGAUUGGAUUUGAUCAUGUCUGAUAUCCAUUUUGAUUGACUGUCUCAAUACCGCCACAGCAAUUGUCUGGCUCCAUCAAACUCAAUUGGACACAUGCAGCUACACACACACACACACACACACACACACAGCCUGAGGUGUAAUGUAGGCCACAGCAAUGUCGGAUUACCUUGGAGGUAGUUGUAAUUUGGAGAGAAUAUUAGAGAGUGAAGAUCCACAAUAUAAAGGCAGCACAGGAUUAAACCUGACAGGUCAGACAGACAUACAAAGUUCCACUUUCCUCUCAACCAUUCAGUUCCAGCAGAUUAUCUCUCCUUCCCCUUUUCAAUUCAUCUUUCUAUUCAUCCAUUUCUCUGCACUACAGUAUGUCUUUUUGGCUGUAUAGCAAUGUCUCCUCUCUGUGAAUUCAUGGAGUAAACAAAGAAGUGACAAAGAAACAAGAAUGAAAAAAUAAAAAGGAAGGUGGAAUCAAGAAAGUAACAAGUACUACCACAGACUUAUAUAAACUCAUAUAAAAGUAGCCCAUAAUAUAAUUCAAGUUCAGCAUGACACGGUGUACCCAAUAAUAACCCAUAAUUUAGCAGCUCUUUAUUAAAAAAUAACUGUGUUAUGCUUUUCAUUAAUGUGGCAAUUGAAAACUCAGUGUCUAUAAUGCAGUUUGUAGACUAUGUGAAAAUUAUUGUUCUAUUAAGAUAAGGUUUAAAUUUUGGUGCACAGAUGUAAAUUCAUCUUUUGCUUUGCCCAUUUAAUUUACUAUUGAUGAAAUGAGUUGAACCAGUCUAAUACUGUGUUUUGACAUACUGGGGGAGGAUGUUGCAGUUUUGUUUCCCAAGUCAAGGGAAGGAUUUAAAGAAAAUAUUAAUAACUCUGAAGAGUGAAACGUAAGAGUCAGCCACCCUCCCCUCCCCAAUAAUUUUCGUGUAGUCCAUACAUGAUGGAGUGAUGCAUGCAUGGAGGAUGUUAGAAGGUCCAGAGAGCAAGCAUUUGAGACAAGGUCAACAAAUCUAUGUGAGUGAACUAAAUAGUCUUAAAAUUACAUGGUGUAAUUCAGGAAACCUCUUCGAAGAGGCAUGAGUGGAAUGUUGUUGAUGUGAAGAUUAGAGGUUACGCAUGACGCCCAACUGCAAAAAAGACAGAAACACUUGGAUAAGAUAGAAGAUAAUCAAACAGCACGAGAGCACUGAGACUAUAUGUCGAAAACAGUGAAGCCAGUGAAAGCAGUGUGAAAACAAGUUGCUACAGAUGAGAGAUAAUGAAAGAAUGAAAGGAAAUAGUAGAUGGAGGUAGGGACAGUAAGUAUUGCUUUAAACUGGUUUAAUGCACUGCUGCAGUACUUACAGCUGACAGAUGCUCGCUAGAGAAUUAAGGCAGAGUCACACAUCAGUGAUUUUCUUCUGACCAUCAUGUGCUAAAAUAUACUUGGAUGUACAAAGUGAAAAAAAGUGUUUGUUAUCAACAAAAAAAAAAGCUGUAAACACCUCUGCUUUUGAUGCUUAAAGUACAUUUUUCUGAAGCUGUCAUUUUAUUUAAGCAGG